AACGUUCCUCGUUCGUGCCUAAUCUGGUGCUCGCAAGCGUUUUAUGCCUUACGAAAGUAUUUUUUAUUCUGCCUAGCACAAUUUUUACUUUGCCGUUCUUUCUUAAAACACCCCUUGAACCUGAGAUUUCUGAUGCAAAAAUCGUAUUGUUCCUAUCACUUAGGAUAACGCGUUCCGUAUAGCACCAUCAAUCAAACCGAAAAAAUACAUAAAAAAUAUGCGAGAACUCGAGAGAAAAACAAUACAUGAUCAUUAUGAGCUAUAGCUUCGUAUUUGGCUAACCUUUCAUCCGAGAACAGAACGUGUGUAUUGGAUCGUUAAAACAUCAUAUUCUGGUUGCUUACACCGAACCUUGCUUAAUUUGAAACUGUUUGAAGAUUUAAAAUCCAUACGUAUCUCGUGAUGUUUGCAGGCAUACAACACGCACUUAAGGAUGAUAUUCAAAAGAAGUUAACAACUUUUCCAGUGAUACUUUAAUUAAUACAGAUUGAAUUGUCCAGUUUUUCAUAGACGAACUGAAACAUUUCUGAAACGUUUGACCCAAGAGCUCAUUUUUUUCCUGAUUGUUUAGAAAUAAGAAGUUUGCUUACACCACCGCCCUGUCGUUUAGGCCGUUCAUCAUUUGUCUUGACCACUCCAGAAAUCACUGUAAGCCAGGUGGACAGACCUGAAUCAUCAGAAUUAGUAGUAUAACUGUUUGCAAAAUAACGUGUGAGGACUAAAUGCACAUUGGUUAAUAUUCCCUUUGUUAAAAAAGUUUGAACUGUUUAAGCACAGCAAGAGUUUUCAACUGACCCAAAUAUUUUCACUUGACAAUGGAAACCUGUUUUGGGUCCCUUACAGAAUCUCAAGUACGAGAGCUCAAAGCUGCGUUUGGUUUGCUUGACAAGAACCAGGACGGUCGGGUGAAUGCCAGUGAAAUAAAGUGUAUGUUAGACAAUCUCGGCAUAUGUUUGACGGAUGACAUGGUUCAUCAUCUUGUUCAACAAGCGAGUAAAAGAGAAGACGGCCUCAUAAGUGAAGAUGAAUUUUUGUCUUGGAUGGCCCAUCACCAGAACUCGAUGAAAGAUGACGUCAUGGAAGAUCUUUUGGCUGCCUUUAGAGUCUUCGAUAAAGACAGAAAUGGUUAUAUUACACGAGAUGAAUUACGAGUUGCUAUGGAAAUGAUCGGUGAACACAUGUCUGACGUGCAACUGGAUGACAUGCUUAAAGCGAUAGAUACUGACAAUGACGGGAGAAUUAACUAUGAAGAAUUUGUUCGGAUGUUGCUGUGAGAAGACGAUGAGUUAGACUCCAGGUAUUUUGGAAACGCAAGACUGGCAUCGUUAAAUCCAAUCUGUCAGACCUUAGAGAAGAUAUCUGAUAUGGUUAACCUGUGGAGUUUUUUAUUUUUUUCUAGCUCUAAACUUACGGCAUUAUAAAAACCUCAAUACGUACGGUAGAAUAUUUGUGUGCUAAUUAUUUAUGUGUCUCAAUACAACACCUUUACUUGAUCUCUAUUUAACAGUUUGAAAACACUACUGUUCAAGUAACUUAGUGAUUAGUACAAAGUGUAGCUACUUAGCCCGUGAUUGCUUUGUUUGGUUUUGACAAAAUGUCUAAAUAUGUGCAAAAAAUAAAUCUAACACAGAUUUAGAAACUAUAUAUUUUGCUAGAUAAAAUACGUACUAGCAAAAACAUUUCUUCUGUUAACAAAUGUAUUAAUUUUUUGGAUAUUGACCUAAUUGUAAAUUUUACAAAUGUGUACGUUAUAGCAGUGUUUAAAAAAAACGAUAUUGUGUACAUAUAUUUCAGAUUAAAACAACUUUUCGCAUAAGGUGGAUGUUUAUUUGUAUAAAUCGUUUUAUAUUUAUAUAUGUCAACAGGUAGCGCUAGCUGAGAUGCAGGUACGCUUCGAGUUUCUAUAUCAUUGAGAAUAUUUUUUAUUCUGCAAUAACCGUACUUUUUAAUACUUCAAACUCAAGCGGGUAAUUUUUUGUGAAGAGUAUUAUAUGUCACAGUGUUAAAAAAUAUGUAUAGCACUUUAGUUAAUCCUGUUAGAAAAAAACAAAUAACUGCAUUGUUGGUCAAAAUAAAAAAGAAAUUAGUAGUCAGUGGUUUGAAGUGAUAUGUAAAUAGUUGUGUGUUAAUUUCAAUAUUAACACUAAUAAAAAAUUAGCAAACUGUUAAUGUAUUAAUUUUUGCUAUUUAUUAUAGCCAAGACAUACUAGUACUUGUCCUUCCUGAUAGAAGUUUGUUUAAUUGAAAAAAAAAUAUCACUUUUGAUUGUGGUAAUAGAUUAUAAGGUAGAGCCACCUUUUUUGUUUUUCGUACUUCAAAAAAUUGUAAACAUUUAAAGGAAAUAUUAAUUUUUCUACCAUAAAAUAAUUUGAAACUGAUCUCGUGAACAUCCUGUCAUAUGUGACUAUUUUUAUAUAAUCGGACAGAUGGCGUAAAGAUCCUAGUUACGGGAAUUAGCUGUAUUCUAAUUUGACCUCCAGACAAUUAAUUUAAUAUAAAAACGUUUACCGAAAUUGUCACAAUUUUUUAUUGUCAAAACUACGUUGUUAUAAAAAUGUAACUCGGUUCUUUAAGCCUAAUUAUUAAGAAAAAUGUAUCUGAAGCAAAAAUUUUAUAGCCAAAAGUUUUAUAAAAAUAAUUAAUUGACACUUCGCUGUAAUCAUCCGUCAUCGACUUCAUAAAAAUAAUCGUUGGGUUCAUGUACAGUUAUUUGGUUUAGUAAAGGAUUGUUAAAAAAAUUAAUUAAUGCAUUUUAUUUUACACGUAUAUAUCUGUAAUACUUUGUUUAUGUAUGUGUUCUAAGACGCAGAUCACUUUUCGAUGAGGUUUUGUCCUGUUCAACUAACAUGUUUGUAGCACUAUCUACCUAUACUUUUCCUUUUUACACGGUUCAUAUAAAUUCUCAGAUUUUAAUUAUUGCAAGUUACUCGGCAAUAUUUAGCGUAUCACAUUUAUCCUGAAUUAUGAGAUAUUUAAUUAACACAGGAAAUUAUGUAAAAAGUUUAUUAUUCACAAAGAAAAAAAAACGUUUUCGUAUGAGGAACAAAUUCACUUAACAAAUCUAUCUUUUCUUCUGGUUGUGUAGAUCUUUGUACAUUAUGCGCAAAAUUACUUUGGUUGAUUAUUUUUUAGUGCUUAUUGAAUGCUGAGACACAAUUAAUAACAACAUUAUGUACAAAUCCGAAUAAAAGUGUUGACGAAUCUGGAUCACUCUCAAGAUCCAAAAGUGGUUGAUUAUUUUUUAGUGCUUAUUGAAUGCUGAGACACAAUUAAUAACAACAUUAUGUACAAAUCCGAAUAAAAGUGUUGACGAAUCUAGAUCCCUAUCACUCUCAAACUCCAAAAGUCGUACUAUUUGCAAAGUUGCCUCUACUGUUGUAGAAAGUUUGUUUCUUAUUAUUUGCGUAAACCUGGUUGUGGAAACCUUGGACAAAACCACACCAGAAAAUAUUUAGAUCAGAAAGUUUUAGGCUUGUCAUCUGAACAGCUCUGAAAUAAGAAGCAAUUUAGAUGGUGUUUGAUCAUUUUCAGCAUAUUCGUCAAGUCGAACCCUAUAAAAACACCCUAGGCAAAAUAAGGAACGAAUCGCGUCCGUUCUUAUCUGAAACAGAACGUUACAUUUUACUACUGAAUAAGAAACAAUUUCGUAAAAUACCUAACAUGUGGCAAGUCCCGUAGAUUCCCAUGCUACAAUUAUGUAUGGUGUACCUAUACUUCAUAGAAUAGCAACAGACAUAAUCAUAGCUUGACAAAAUGUUAUGAACAAUACACGAAUGAUAAAUUCAGAGUUAAAAGGUAGUUAUGAGCUUUUUUGGUUACUUGUAGAAAAUCUAUAAUUAUGUUGAAAAUUGUGCUUGUUGUAUAUUCUCUACGCCAUUGCUUCUUCAACAACUUUUAGAUUUAUGUAUUUAGUUAGUAUUUUCUUUUCCCGAUAUUUGUAAGUAGUUUUUCUAGAUAAAGAAAGGAAAGAUGUGGUAUUCUAUAAGCAUCAGUGAUGUAACAGUUGCUGUCAAGCGUGAUUUAGUAAUAUUUUUGAAGUUAUUGUCCUUUAUGAAUAAAAAAUAAUAUAGCUA